CGGAAACGCACACGGAUGUUGUAGAGCAUAUGAGCAAAUUUUGCAGGUUUUCUGCUUUAUAAUCGUCUGAAGUGAUGAAAUGGAAGUGUUGUGCUCCAAAAACCAGCGACGACUUGAAAUGAAGAGAAUGAAUGAGUGAGAUGAACCAUACAUGUGAUCGGAGCAUUUUGUAAUUGGAGUAAAGGAAGAUGAUGGAUCAUUGAGGAUUAAAUAAGAGCUCUCCGAUCACUAAUGCACAACUGAAGACAUCUUUGUCCAUCAUGUUUGUGACGGCAUAUCUGGCAUUUAUCGUAUUGGUGGGACUGGUUGUGGCUCUAGAAAUCACAGCUCGUCGACUCGCCUCAUCCCAAACCACACAGACAGCUGUCGCCAACCCCGCAUUUCGACGUUUCCAGAACCUCUUUCUAAAGGUGUAUCUGCUGGCCCUCUGGGCAGACUGGUUACAGGGACCUUACCUUUAUAAACUCUAUCGGCACUAUAACUUCCUGGAAUCUCAGAUUGCCAUCCUGUAUGUGUGUGGCCUCGGUUCUUCUGUGCUCUUUUCUCCAGUGGCCGGGUGGCUACCUCAGUUUUUGGGUCGACGACAGACCUGCGUCCUCUUCUGUGUGGCUUAUUCUAUCUGCUGCUUAACUAAAUUAUCACAGGAAUAUUUUAUGCUCAUACUAGGACGUGUUUUGGGAGGGCUGUCCACUUCCCUUCUGACCACCACCUUUGAGUCCUGGUACGUGCAUGGUCACAUUGAGGUCAAUGACUUUCCCAAAGAAUGGAUCCCUGUUACUUUUAGUAAAGUUGCAAACUGGAAUCACGGGCUGGCGGUUGCCGCCGGGCUAGUGGCGAACCUGUUUGCAGAAUGGCUGGGGCUGGGACCAGUAGCUCCGUUUCUUUUGGCUAUUCCAAGCCUUGCUGUCUGCGCCUGGUUUGUGAUUUUCGAAUGGGGUCGAGAAAACUCGGAAGGCUCACAUGGAGACAAAAACGGGCCCCUUUUAAACCCUUUUAAUGCGGCUAAGUUGCAAACAACAGCGCGGGCACGUUUCUGGCGGAGCUGUUUGGAUGGCCUACGCUGCUUGCUGUCGGACCGCCGCGUUAUGCUGUUGGGUGGCGUGCAGGCGCUCUUCGAAAGCGUCCUUUACAUUUUUGUCUUUCUAUGGACCCCCGUGCUGGACCCACACGGUCCUCCUCUCGGCAUCGUGUUCUCCAGUUUGAUGGCGGCCAGCAUGGCUGGUUCCACACUUUUUCGGCUAGCCACAUCACCUCCUUAUCGACUCCAACCCGGUCACCUGCUCUGCUUGGCGGUUCUACUGGCUUUCUUUUCCUUCUUCAUGCUGACGUUCUCCACCGUGCCCGGCCAACCCCGUCCCAGGGAAUCUCUACUUGCAUUUCUCCUGCUUGAGCUGGCCUGCGGGCUUUAUUUCCCAGCAGUGAGUUUUCUCCAGGGUCGUGUGAUCCCCGUGGAGCGCAGAGCCGUGGUGCUGGCCUGGUUUCGUUUGCCUCUUCACCUCCUGGCUUGCCUGGGGCUGCUGGCUCUGCACGGGGAGGUUUCUGGGACGGGUGCGGGCGAGGCCGGCAGUGGCACCAGACACAUGUUUAUAGGCUGUGCGACGAUGAUGUUGGCUGCUCUGCUUGCUGUGGUCAGCCUUUUCACUGUGGGCAGGAAUGAUGCAGACUUGAGACUAGAGGGGACCAGAUUAGAGGGAGAGCUGGAGAUAUGAGUAUAGCAGAGAUGGA